CCAAGGUUCGGGUGACGUCUCACCAGGAAACCGGAAGUGAGGAGCCCCGCUCCUUGCUCUUCAGACAGUUAGGGGAGGAAGAUGGCGGUCGUCCUUUUUUUUUCCUUUCACUGACGCUGUUCAUCGCUACAGAGUCUGGUACCAACGUGUCCUGUGUUCUCAAUGAAAACUGCAUUUUACCAUGUCGGUUCAGGAACCGGGUUACCAACAUGACAUGGGAACGUGAAAAACCAAAAUCUCAGAUUGUAACGUAUAACCAGAGUGGCUCCAGAUACUCUGAGAGCUUCAGAUCCAGAGCAUCACUGUUUGAGGAUCAGAUCUCCAGAGGAAACGGCGAUCUGCUGCUGCGAGGAGUGAAGGUUGAUGAUGAGGGAAGAUAUGUGUGUAAAGUUUCUACAACUGGCAUCUAUUAUAGACACUCUGUUGACCUUACAGUAGAAGCUCCAGUCUCUACAAUCAGAAUCCAUCAGGAUGAAAACAGGAUCACCUGCAGCUCAGAGGGGAUCUACCCUGAGCCUGAACUCAUGUGGCCCCCCUGGCUCUCAUCCAACACGACUCUGCAGAACAGAACCACAGUCCAUCAGACUGAGGAGAAGCUUUAUGACAUCAGCAGCUCUCUGACGGUUCCAGAUGAAGAUCCAGGUCUGUUCUACGCCUGCGGCAUCAGAACCAGGAGGAACUGGAGGAGAGUGCUUCUAAAUAAUCCAGAGUCUGAAACCAGCAUGUCCUGUGUUCUCAAUGAAAACUGCCUUUUACCAUGUCGGUUCAAGAACGGGACUACCUACAUGGAAUGGAAAAAUUAUAAUCCACAGUCUCAGAUUGUAUCAUAUGACCAUCGUGGCUCCAGAUACUCUGAGAGCUUCAGAUCCAGAGCAUCACUGUUUGAGGAUCAGAUCUCCAGAGGAAAUGGCGAUCUGCUGCUGAGAGGAGUGAAGAUUGAUGACGAAGGAAGAUAUGUGUGUAUUGGGAAGAUAAAUGGCAUCAAGUAUAGACAAUCUGUUGAACUUAUAGUAGAAGCUCCAGAAUCUACAGUCAGAAUCCAUCAGGAUGAAAACAUGAUCACCUGCAGCUCAGAGGGGAUCUACCCUGAGCCUGAACUCACCUGGUCCACUGAGCCUCCAUCCAACACGACUCUGCAGAACAGAACCACAGUCCAUCAAACUGAGGAGAAGCUUUAUGACAUCAGCAGCUCUCUGACGGUUCCAGACGGUCCAGAUCUGAUCUACAGCUGCAGCAUCAGAACCAGGAGGAACCAGAGGAGAGCAACUUUAACUGAACCAGGUGCUGAGGUUACAAUCUGCUGCACUUCCUUAAACAUUUCUAACUCCAGUUUGGUCUGGAGGUUCAACCACCGUCAGAUCAUCCUGACCAAGACUGACAGAAACAUCUACAGCGUCUCAGAGGACUGGAGGAAACAUGUGAGGAUCGUUUCAGCGUCCGGCAGCCUCACGUUACAGGAUCUGACCUCAGAUCAGGAGGGAGUUUACAGCUGUGAGCUCAGUGAUGACGAGGAGACGAUUAUAACUCACCUCUAUCUGAGGAGGACUGGAGAGAAUCUGGUGGUUUCUGAACUCAUCAGGCGGACGGUGGUUUGUGUUGUGAUUGCAGCAGCAGCAGCUGGAUUCCUGAUGUUCUACAAGAAGAAAAUGGAGGAAAGUGAAGCUCUGCAGCUUUAAACCUUUCAUUCACAUUCAGAGAAGGUUUUGUUUUAAUGCCAUUUUCCCAUUUUACCCGUCAAAAUGAUUCAUGAGCUUUGAUGUAGUUUCACAAAAUUAUCAGCUCUUCAUGUUCUUGAGGUGAUUCUCAUAUUUGGAGAUAUUUCUGUUAUGUGUUUCAUCUUCUGCCCAGCAGGGGGCGCAGCUACACAUAUUCUGUAUAUUCUACCAGCUAAACUUUCUCAGAACUU